UACUUAAACAUGCUGAAGAAAAUCAAGUUGCUAGCCAGUUUGUGAAGUCAUGUCUUGAUGAUCUUAGGGACUUGGCUUAAGAUAUGGAGGACAUACUUAAAGAGUUUGUGAUUGAUGCCAAGAGGUCCGAAUUGAUUGCAGAAUCUGAUGCCAGAGCCAAGAAGCGACAAAAAAUCGCUUCCAUUGUCAUGAAUUUAUUUAGAUCUAAGGCCAAGCUUAAUCCAAAGAUCAGUUCCGUGGUGAAGGAUCUGAAUGGUAGAUUGCAGAAAAUUGACAAUGGGAUGCAUAGUUUGGGCCUGACCAAUUGGGCUUUGAAACUUGAAGACAAGUCUCACAAAGUAGCUGCAAAAAGAUUACCUGAGUCUUCUCUUCUUGAAGAUAUGGUGUUGGGUCGAGAUAGUGAUAAACAAGCUAUUCUUCAAAGGUUGCUAGAAGAUGGAGCCAGUCUUGAACAGGACUUUGUUAUUCCCAUUGUUGGAAUGGGUGGAAUAGGCAAGACAACUCUUGCUCGGCUCAUUUACAAUGAUGAGAAAUUGGAAGGCAAGUUUGACUUGAAGGCAUGGGUUUGUGUUGCUGAUGUAUUUGAUGUUCCAAAAAUAACAAGAACCAUUUUAGAACAGGUAACUAGGAGAAAGUGUGAUCUUGAUGAUUUCGAUUCACUUCAAAAGGAAUUGAAAGGGAAGUUAUCUGGGCGCAAGUUUUUUCUUAUAUUGGAUGAUGUUUGGAAUAAGGAAUAUGGCAACUGGGAUAAAUUGAAGAGACCUUUCAUGUCAGGAGCUCUUGGAAGUAAAAUAAUUGUUACAACUCAAAAUAAGGAUGUUGGGAUGAUGAUCAAAGGAGAUGAUCAAGUUUAUAAUUUAGAAUUGCUACAAGAUGAUGCUUGUUUGCCAUUAUUUACACAACAUGCACUGGGGAAAGAGAACUUUGAUGCGCACCUAAACCUACAAGAUGUUGGUGAGAAACUUGUUGAGAGGUGCAAAAGAUUGCCAUUGGCACUAAAACACUGGGUGGCGUCUUGCGGGGAAAGCUGUGUCGUGAUGAGUGGGAGAAUAUAUUAAAUAGUGACAUAUGGAGUUUAUCAGAAGAUAGAAGUGGAAUUCUUCCUGCUUUAAGAUUGAGCUACAAUGAUCUUCCUUGUCACUUGAAGCGAUGCUUUGUUUAUUGUGCUUUGUUCCCUAAAGACUAUGAAUUUGACAAAAAGGAGUUGGUUCUGUUAUGGAUGGCUGAAGGC